CUUCCGUAGAAUGCUAACUGGAAACUACACGCUUUUAUUUUGACAGCUCGUUGAAGUGACCCGGAUGCACUUCACGUAAGCCCUAGCAAGUUAGCUUCAAUUGAUGUACGCAUGAAAACAAAAGGGAUCCAGACGGAUGCAACCUGGAUGCCUACAACCCUGCAAAGAACAACACAUGUGGCUUCUUUGACAUCCAGAUCUCAUUUUAUGUAAUCCACUCGAUCCACUUGAGACCAUGUCCAGCCAGAAAGGAGUAAAGCACUCCCUGCGCUUCGGCCAGGUAGUCAUUGGACCACCAGGUUCAGGGAAAACCACCUACUGUCAAGGAAUGCAGGAGUUCCUCACUCAUCUGGGACGCAAGGUGGUUGUGGUGAACAUGGACCCUGCCAAUGAAGGACUGCCAUACUCCUGUGGGGUUGAUAUUUCAGAAUUAGUCACCCUGGAUGAUGUCAUGGACGGCUUGAAGCUUGGCCCUAAUGGGGGUCUUCUCUACUGUAUGGAGUAUGUUGAAGCAAAUCUAGACUGGUUAGAGAAGAAGCUGGAACAACAUGGUGACUGUUACUUUCUAUUUGACUGUCCUGGACAAGUGGAGCUGUACACACAUCAGAACUCAGCCAAGAAUAUUUUCUCUCAGCUGGGCAAGUGGAAUUUCAGGCUGACAGCGGUGCACCUUGUGGACUCUCAUUACUGUGCUGACCCGGCCAAGUUUAUAUCUGUGCUGUGUACAUCCCUGUCUACCAUGCUGCAUGUGGAGCUUCCCCACGUUAACAUCCUCUCCAAGAUGGACUUGAUCGAGCAGUAUGGCAAACUGGCGUUCAACCUUGACUUCUACACAGAGGUUAUGGACCUGACCUAUCUGCUUGAUCACCUGGCUGCAGACCCCUUCUUUAAGAAGUUCCACCAUCUAAAUGAGAAAUUGGCCGAGGUCAUCCAAGAUUACAGCCUUGUCUCCUUUGUGCCUCUCAAUGUACAGGACAAACAGAGCAUGAUUCAGGUCUUACGAGCAGUGGACAAAGCUAAUGGCCACUGCUUUGGAGACCUGGAGGAAAGGAAUCUGCAGGCCAUGAUGUCAGCUGCUGUGGGGGCAGACUUCCAGUUCAACUCUACUCUCGGGGUGGAGGAGCGGUAUGUAGAAACCAGUGGAAAGACUGUGGAGGAGGAAAUGAUGGACCUGUAAAUUGAAAAGCUCAAAUGAAAGGACAAAAGUGGUCGCCUUUUUAGCACCAGUACACCAGGGGAGUCCUGGCAACAUCUUUCUCUCUUGGCCUCAUUUCUGAGCAUCUCUACAAAAGCUGUGGCGAGAUGGGAACUAAAUUUGGGAGCUGUUGAUGAUUCAAGGUUGAACCACAACUCAUAAAAAUUCAGAGUUAUUCUUCAGUUAUCAAUGAAAGAGAAGACUCUUUGUAUUUCCUGAAAGUUUUUUUCUGUGGGUGACAGCUAAAUAUUGAAUAAAUUUGAUUAUUUUCUUAAAGUGUGUGAAUCUAGAGGCUCUCGUAUAUUUUUUUUCCAUUUUGAUGUUAAUAUUUGAUUUUAUGAAGUUCUGAGAAACGAUCACAUUGAUCCUGAGACAACAGACUGAUUCAUGUUGAUGUUUAUUUGGCGGAAAUAAAGAUCAGAAAUGUGUUUUUUUUA